GUGUUUUGCAUUUUCCUUCACAACACGGUAGGUAUUGAGAGUUUCCUUUUUUCCUCAGAAAGGAAAGGACGUAGGAAAGCGUGAAAAUAUAUCGAUAAGUCAUGGGCGGAAAAGGAAGUAAGCACGCAGAGGUCUCCGCGGCCCAGGUGCCGCGUUACGAGGACAAUCCUCCGGAGUCCACCAAUAUCAAUGACCUGGUUCAAUCCGGGAGGUACAAAGUUGCUUCCCCGGAGACGUUAGAAAUGAUGAAACAAAUUCAGUCCCCACGCGACGCAAAUAAAAUGUACCCAGACUCAGAAGUAAAGGACCUUAAACAGUACAUUAUUGAGCAAGAAGGCCUCGAAAUUGGUCAGGCGCGGCGGCGUGCGCUGUCGCAGCAGUGGCGCUUUUUUCUGUCCUGUGAGCCAAUGCAGCGCGGUCUUGACGCCGGCAUCAUUUUAGGCAGCUUCUCUGCGGCUUUUGUCGCUUUCCGGAACCCUAAGAACCGCAUUCCCGCAAAAAUUGGUCUGACGUUUAUGGGUGGUUUUUGCGUGGGGUUGAUUUCUGUUCCUUUGUUGGUUGUUGGCGCAGAUUCCUACAACUCUCAACGCAUCAAAAAACUCGAGCGGGAGCUCUUUGAAAGACAGCGUUCUGAUUUUAAUAAACGUUAG